UUGUUUAAGUAUUUUAGUGAUACGAUGGAAGCUGUGAUAAAAGACGCCAAACGCACCGGUCGUUACGAUUCUGGCAUUAUUGACCUAAGCUCUGAUGUGGGAAAUGUGCAGCGAAUAGAUGGGACCGACUAUUUCCUGAAGUCAUCGUCCGGUGCCAUUAAGAUUCAAUUACACAAAGUUUCUAUCGAUCGUGGGUUGGCGUGGGAUCAGGCGCUCACCUCUUAUAAUAAGUCAAUCUCUGAAUAUAUGAACGACACGAAAGACUUCGGAUUCUUCAUCUCCACUGCCAAUAAGAAGGAUGUGUUUCUGGCGAUUCCCGACUCUACUAAUCGGAACACAUUUAAGAAGAUUUUCCGAAUCUAUAAACCGAACUCUGGAUUAUUGCCGAAAACUGAG